GAUCGAUGGCUGACGUCACCGUCCGCCGGCGCGGCCUGCGCCAGAGGCGGUAUUUAUAUAGUUGGUGCCGAGCGCGACGGGCUGCCAGAACCGCCGAGGGGCACGUGAACACCCGGGUGUCGACGAACAGAGUUUCGGCCACCAGCUACACUGCAGAAGCAAGAAGAGGGCAGCUGCCGGUCCUGAUCGUGCUGACCUUGACCUCCUGACCGCGCUGACCUUGACCUCACCAUGACCUCGGCGGCGGGAUCAGAGCCCGUGCCGGUCUUCAUGCCCACGGUGGAAACCAAUGAAUCUCUGACCGCGGACAGUGCCCUGCUAAAGCGGAACUACGAGUGCAAAAUCUACAAGCGCCGCUGGCCGAUCCUGGCUCUGUUUGUUCUCUACUCCACUUCCAACGCCUUCCAGUGGAUCCAGUACAGCAUCAUCAACAACAUCAUCGUACGCUACUACAAUGUGACGGCGUUCUCCGUCGACUGGACGUCCAUGAUAUACAUGGUGCUCUACAUACCGCUCAUCUUCCCAGCUGCCUGGAUUCUGGACAAAAAGGGCCUGCGGUGGGCGGUGCUGCUCGGCUCGUUCGGUACCAUGGUCGGCUCCUGGGUCAAAGUGGGCAGUCUGGCGCCCGACCCGGACCGCUUCCUCGUCACGUUCGCCGGACAGACGAUCACGGCCGCCUCGCAGAUCUUUAUCCUGGGCAUCCCGCCGAAACUGGCGGCGGUGUGGUUUGGCCCCAACCAGGUCUCCUCGGCCUGCGCCAUCGGAGUUUUUGGCAAUCAGCUGGGCUGCGCUCUGGGCUUCCUGAUCCCUCCGUGGAUUGUGCGGAACUCGAUUAACCUGGCAGACAACACCCGCGACCUCUCCAUCAUGUUCUACGGCCAGGCGGCCAUCACCACGAUUCUCUUCAUCACAAUCGUCUUCGUUUUCCAAGACAAGCCCCCGCUGCCUCCGUCCCCGGCGCAGGCGGCACUGCGCGAGGCUGAAGAGGAACACUACCUGAGGAGCAUCGUCCGGCUGCUGAAGAACCGUCACUACGUCCUGCUGCUCGUUACCUACGGCAUGAACGUCGGCGUGUUCUACGCACUGUCGACGCUGUUGAACCAGGUGGUCCUCAUCUAUUACCCGUCGGCAGAGAAGGACGCUGGCAGGAUAGGUCUGGUGAUUGUGCUGGCCGGCAUGCUGGGGUCGGUCGUCUGCGGAAUUAUACUGGACAAAACGCAUCGCUUCAAGGGCACCACGCUGGCCGUCUACGUGCUCAGCGUGGGCGGCAUGAUCGCCUACACGUUCACCCUACCGGUGGGCUACAUCAGCGUGGUGUACGUCACCGCCGGCCUCCUGGGCUUCUUCAUGACCGGCUACCUGCCAGUCGGGUUCGAGUUCGCGGCGGAGAUUACCUACCCCGAGUCGGAGGGCACCUCGUCCGGUCUGCUGAACGCCUCCGCACAGUUCUUCGGCAUCAUCUUCACCAUCGCCGACGGGAAGCUGCUCAAGGCCCACGGAGACCGGGCGGCGAAUCUGGCUCUGGCAGGGAUGCUCCUGCUUGGUUCAGUGAUGACUGCCAUGAUCAAGUCGGAUCUCCGUCGCCAGAGGGCACAUCAGGAGCACAUGAGCCAUCCAGCAGCUGAGAAAACCCAGCCGAACGGGAACUAGCCGCCGCACGGGCCGUUUGGAGUUGUUGUUAAAGCGAGAACUGUCUGUGGAUAUAUUGAUAUUGUUCGUUGACCGUAAUUAUCGCGGUUAUAUGGAAAAGUGAUCGCUUGUGGCCUGUUGGUAGUCAUGCCUUCAUUGUUUGGCAUUAAGCCAAUGUGCAAGCCGUUUCAUUGUGGAAGUUUUCAUUUAUGAUAGGUAUACUUGAAUCCUCCUGGCCAUAUAUAACAGGUCAUUUUACUGUUAAACGUUAUGGGAUUCAUCUAACUGACAAGAGAAUAUUACAAGCACAGCUUAUCUCUUGAGUCAUUGAAGAAAUCAACCCAAAUUAUUUGAUCAAUUAUUCCAUAAAAGUAAAUGCCGAUACAGGCAGCGCAUUGUCAACCAGACCUGUCUUCCAACGAGGACCAGUUUUCAGUGAGCAGCUCCUGGCUCUGCAGCCUUGCCUCUCGUAUUUCGCCAGCCACAUAUAGUGCUGGUGAAGGAAUACUGCUCAUUAUCGUGUACGGACUGCGCGACUUCCACGGAAACGUCCGUGCUAUACGCUCAUCAUCAAUGUGAAGGCGGGUGCCUUCUUCCAGGCAAGCACGGCAGCCAUUCAUUACAGGCUCAGGCUGGUUGCUGGUAUACAUCUCGCAUGUCUUCAUAGGAUGAUAUAAAUCGUGGCUUCGGUUCUGAAUUGGCGUAGAUAUGGUUGUCUAUUACGAAUGCCUCAUGGACGGGUGUUCACUUAUUCGAACUCGUGUCUCCAAACCGGGAGGUACUAUUUUCUUCGAUGCUCACUCAGCAUAAGGGUGGAAUGCGAACUCGAAAAUGUGAUACGGUUCUCCACAUGUCUUGCUUUGUUCGGAAUACGCGCAGCCAAUGGCGUUCAUACUCAGCAUUCAGCAUAUGUCUGUCAUCCACUUGCGGUGAAAUGGUGGCGCGUUUUUCUGAAUAGAUUAAAACCAAGAGAGAGACGAGCUUAAAGUGGCAUACCUUAUUACUGGCAGGUAUAUUGCAUAUGUGUACCUAGUAACUUAUAAUGAUGCAUAACUCAAACUGGCAACAUGUUCCGGACGAGCGUUGUAUUAGUUUUUGAGUGUCAAUUUCAAGUGCACUUCUGAGUCAUCAUGGCACUGGUGGUUAACAAAUGUUACCAGUUUCCAGUGCUCACCGGAUGAGAAUUAUGCUAUUGAAGUACCAUGAUGUGGCAAAGUGUCGUCGCAGAUGUUAUCGCCCAUCAGGAAUUGAUAGUGAAAUACAUAUUAUCCCGUUCAAUA